UCGUUUGAGUGUCCCUGGUAUUUUUUAAAGAUAUGAAGUUAUCGCGCAUGCGCAUUGCGCGUUUUCAGUUCAGUGACAGGAUGGAGAAGUGAUUCGACGGUGUAUUUCUGUGUAUAUUUUCGACUUUCCGCGCUAAUUACCCCGGUUUUUUCAUCCCGUUUCGUCUCAACUAUGUUAAAAGAAAAGCAACUUUACAAUAUGGGAACAACUGGACACACCAUCGAUACGUUCAACACUUCCGAACUUACCCCGGAACAACAAAAACAGUUAAUUGAGAUUCGUAGAAGGAAAACGGAACUGCUAUUGGAGAUUCAGCAACUCAAAGAUGAGCUAUGCGAGGUCGUCUCCGAAAUGGAAUCGCUGGAUUCGGGGGAAGACGGCAAAAACAGCAACAAAACGAAGAUGAUGUCGAUGGGGAGAAAAAAGUUUAAUAUGGACCCCAAGAAAGGCAUCGAAUUUUUAAUCGAAAAAGGUUUGCUGCAACAAACCCCCGAAAGCGUCGCCCAAUUUCUUUUGAAAGGAGAAGGACUCAAUAAAACUGCAAUCGGGGAUUAUUUGGGCGAGAAAAACGAUUUUAACGAGAAAGUUUUGCAAGCUUUCGUCGAUUUGCACGAUUUUACCGAUUUAAUCCUCGUACAAGCUUUACGUCAAUUCCUUUGGAGUUUUCGUUUACCCGGAGAAGCCCAAAAAAUCGAUCGAAUGAUGGAAUGUUUCGCAAAACGAUAUUGCGACUGUCAAGGUGAAAACAACAUCUUCCAAAAUUCCGAUACAUGUUACGUCCUUUCCUUCGCGAUAAUCAUGUUAAACACGAGUUUGCACAACCCAAGCGUAAAAGAAAAACCAACCGUGGAACAAUUCAUCAAUAUGAACCGCGGGAUCAACAUGGGGCAAGAUUUACCGCGCGAAUUACUCGAAGGACUCUACGAAAGCAUUAAAACCGAGCCGUUUAAAAUCCCUGAGGAUGACGGAAACGAUUUAAUGCACACAUUUUUUAACCCCGACAAAGAGGGGUGGUUAUGGAAACAAGGUGGGCGCUAUAAAAGUUGGAAACGACGCUGGUUCAUCCUUAACGAUAACUGCCUAUAUUAUUUCGAAUUCACAACCGAUAAAGAACCGCGAGGGAUUAUUCCGUUGGAAAAUAUUUCGGUGAGAGAAGCAACGGAUCGGCAAAAACAACACUGUUUCGAACUAUACGCUAGUGGCGGUGCUGAUUUUAUAAAGGCGUGUAAAACGGACUCCGAGGGGAAAGUCGUCGAGGGAAAACACACCGUUUAUAGGAUGUCGGCGAGCAGCGAGGAGGAGAAACAAGAUUGGAUCGCGAGGUUAAAUCAAAGUAUUAGUCACAAUCCGUUUUAUGAUAUGUUGGCUUCAAGGAAACGCAAAGCUCAACAUAAUCACGGAAAGAACUAAAACAUUUUUUUAUUUUGUUGUUUAUGAGAAAUUAGAACUGUGAUCGAACGAUUUAUGACGACGACGACGAACAUUUUUAACUAAUUAACCACGUGCCUCGAUCAUCAUCCCUCACGUUUGUAUAACUAGUCGAAUAUCAUUUAUUAAGUGUAAAACAAUGUUAUUUAUUUAUUUUAUUAUAAUUAUUAUUUUUUUUUCGUUUUUAGUUAAGCUAAAUUUGGAAGUUUUUUGAAGUUGGUGUUUUAAAUAAUAUCAAUUUUUAAAUUAUUAGUUUCCUGUUAAGAUUUUGACGUAGUGAUUAAAUUUAUAGAUUAUUUUUAUAUUGGGAGGUCUAAAAUGAUUUAUCAUAUUUUUUUGGGUCAUGAUUUCUUGCAUUAAUAUGGUGCUAUUUAUUAACCUUUAUAGUAAUUAAGCAAUAAUAAUGCUAGUAAUUCAGAUUUGACCAAAUAUCAGUUUAUAAGAAGUAUAGAAACAUGAGCAUCAUCUUAAUACACUUUUCUCAGACACAAAAUCCUUGCAUAACUUGUUUUUAGAAUCUUGUAAGUUUUAACAGAGUCUUGAAUGGAGCAAAAUUUAGAGUUAUGUUUUGUGGCUAUGUUUUGAGUUCUACAUAAAUGAUUUUGUCAACUGUCAUUACAAUCUAAUCUCAUUAGGAUGAAAGCAAGAAUAGCAGGUUCAAAAAUAUUUCCAAUAAAUCGAUUGUGCUCAGAUAUUCUCUCCUUAAUCACACUGUACAAUGUAUUAAUGAACUGUUUCUGAUAUCUAAAUAUACAACAAGAUCGAUUCUCUUUCCACUACUGGGAUCACCCAUGACUCAUGGCAUGAAGUUUGCUAACGCCGCUUGUUUCUGGUCUUUGUCAAGGUACAUUUCAAGUCUUCUUUUCUGCCAGUAAUAGUCUCAGUUUUUUCAACGUCCUCUGUACCUUCUUUAUGGAAUGCUCCGCUCUGCACUUCAUCUCAUCCCCAUUCCUAUCCUCCAUGACUACCAUUACGUCAUUGGUAUACUCCACAACAAUGGCCCUGACAUAAUAUAUAUUCUACAAAGUUCCCAAAAUCCCUGCGGAAUGCCAAAGGUGACAACUCUAUCCUCUCCUCCUGGUAAAAUACUCUUUCUCUUCAAGAGAUAAAACAUAACUUUAACAUAACCCAACCUAACUGAACCCAAUCUAUGCCAAGCAUGCAUGUGACGGUGUGUGAGAUAGAUACUGUGCAAUACAUUAAUAAACUUUUUUUGAUCUCUAAAUGGUUAUGCAAUGAGAAUUCAGAUUAUUCUAAGUAUAAAUAGAGCCUCCUAUCAACGCCUCCAUUUGUUGGAUUGCUUCAUUAUUGACAUCUUCUUCAAGAUGCAUAAUCUUGUUACUUUAUCAUCUGGUAGGGUUGAUUCAUCAUCGUCUGACUUGGGUUCAGAACCUAUUUCAACCAGUUAUUGUUCUAAAAUGCACUCCCACAACUUAUACUCUAAUACUUUUCUCUCCUUAUCUCAUUCUUCCUAAACGCUGAAGUUUGGAAGUUAACGAAAUCAAUAACUCUAGAUCAUUUUGUCAGAAAUAUCUAAAACAUAUAUUAUGUUUCUAGCGAUAAUUUUGGAAGAUAUCAUCUUUGAUAUCUUACUACUACCAAUAAUGAUGUGGAGUUAUAUCAGAGAUUAUAUUAGGGAAGAUGUUGAUGAGGAUAAUCUUGUGAGGUCAUGAUUUGGGCCGCCCCAACUAUCACGAACAAUACUUAAGACUUCGAAGACGUCGGUCGAGAUUAUUUCUUCCAUAAACUUAGAAGACUUAGAUGCUGAAAAUCAGUAAUAAAAGAGAUAUCAGGAAUGUGAUAUCAAAGGCAAAAUUUAUAGAUGAUGGAGAAGAUAGUAAAGAAAGCCAGGACGAGAUAUGAAAAACUAUGCAAAUCGACGUAAACUAUGUUGAGGAAGAUAAGAUAAGAUAGGAAGGUAUCAAUGAUGAGGAAGAUAGAUGUUAGAUACUAUCAAGGACGAUGCUGAAAGAUAUCAGUAAUAACGUUGAGUGAUAUUGAGAAUAAUGCCUUUCUAAGAAUUGGCACCAUCGCUUAACUAAGUUCUUCAAAAACUCCUAACAUUUUAGAAAUGUUACCUAAACUCCCCAAAAACAAUUCAAAUUAAAAAACGAAACUUAAUUUUUUAAAACUAGCAUUAUAAUUGUAAAUAAAGUUAGAUUAAAAUCAUUUUAGAUCUAAAUCCACAACAAAAAUCGUCUCGAUUUAUUUCAAUAAAUUGCGAUUUGUAAAUUUCAAUUAUAAAUUGAAAACGUAUCCCACAAUUUUAUUUAAAACAUCAACUCCAAAAAAAAACCAAAAAUAUUUUUUUUGGUUAUUAAAAACAUGGUCUUUUUUAAUUCAUUCUCAAAUCGAAAUCGAGAAUGACUUGUAAAUAAAUUCUACAAUUAGUUAAUUAAAUUAAUUAAGUAAUUAAAAGCCUCCCUCCACGUUGAUUAAAACAUACAGUGUGUUAAUUAAUUCUCGUACCCGAGUAUGCAACAAUAAUCACAGUAUUGGUAUUGCAAUACGCAUACUGUGAUAUUGGUUGCAUACUCGGGUACGAUAAUUAAUUAACACACUGUACAAUGAAUAGAAAAGAAAAAGUCGUGAAAUAAAACGCCCGGUCUUUAAUUUAAAUUUUAUUUUUUGAUUCGGAAAGGCUGUGAAACGUUUCUAUUUAUCGUUUUUCGAAUCAGUAUUUAAUAGUUGUAUAAAAAUUAAAUUUAGGCAUUUACAACAACAAAAAAAAAAUAAUUAUUUCGGAUUCAAAAAGUAAAUUAAUU